ACAUGAACUGUGGUAGAAAAAGUGGGAAGCUACUUUAUGCUGGGACGAAGGAACAACUACAUUGUUGACUCGAGAAUAAGUACCAUUUUAGAGCUUCAAGAUUUAUUCCCCCGAGUCUUAUCCAGCACCACAGGAAUCAUCUUGCUUUCACAAUACAUAAACUGCACAGCAUGGCAGACAGCAGCCUGUGGAAGAUGAAUAGUACACAAUAACAAGAGCAACGAAAAAAAUCACAGUUCCUUUGAAACUGUUUUACUUCUUUUGGAAUUAUAGGUGGACGGUUAUAUGACAGUAAUACACCAAGGGACUUGAUUUCCACACCAACUUUGUUUCAUAGCCAACAAGCAUUUGAACCAUUUGAAUGCAGCAUCUAGUAUAAUGUUUUACAAUUACCUCCUUCCUGCUUUUCUUUGUUCCCGUAGAAAGAUUUGUCAUCUUCUUUCAAUUUGACAAUAACAAACCAAAUCAGAGACCUCAGCACGAACCUACUAAUUAUUGAAAGGCCAGAUAACUCCCCCAUCCCCACCCAACACACACACAGAUUAAUUAUCGUCGACAAUGCUACAAAACAGUGAACGAACAGUCUUCAUUUUCAUGUGAAUAUACCAAAAGCAAAUAGAGAUGGACAAAAGCUGUCAACUUGAUGAACAAGAAGAAUAUAUGAUUGGAUACAUGAAACAUGAACUUUUCCAACAAAAGCCAUAGUUCCCACUUCUAUAAAAAAGUACCAUGAUAUUUCACCACCCCAAUAGUACUUUUGGCCAUCCUCAUUAUGUAUGCAGAUAUUUAAAGGGACAAAGUUGAAGGUAGAUUUUGAGAUGUAGUAACCAGCCUACAAGCACACCAAGUCUCUUGGUCUCGUUCCAGUAUUCUCUGGAGGAGUGAGGGUGGCCCUGCUUGUGGCCUAACCAUGGCAAGACUAGAAUAAGUAUCCAACUGAACUUCAUCGUACCAUAUAGAGAUUGUUUGGCGUCUAAACAUUGAGCUGGAGUAAUGUAGAUGCAACAAAAAGUUGACGAAGGAUAUCAACAAUUUUGAUCCUGAAAGAUUGACUAAAGACAACAGUCUAGAUAAUAGAUUUCAGUCACCAGCCAAAAAACAAAAAUCUAGGCAUGUGAAAAAAGCUGAAUCAAAUGGAACAACUAAUUCUCCUAGCCAAUCUUUAGUCACCUCUUAAAAAAGAAAUUGUGUGCAUGUGUGUUAAUAUAUACAGUACUAUGUCAUCCAUGCGUAUUUCUAUGUCACAUGGGUAUGGGGUGCGGGUGCCGGUGUGAGAUGUGGCAAGUUCCAAAAAGAUUGGAUGCGGGUGCAGCGAGAGCAUAUAAAUAUAUAUAUAUAUGUUAUUUGUUAUAUAAGUAAUUUUAUUUGUCCAUAUUUUUAAACCUUUUCUCAUCGAGGUUUCCUUAAUCUCAUACAAAAUUCAAAGUUUUAUUAAAUAAAAUAAGGGGGAGAGAGAGAAGAGGGAGAAAAGAAGAGGGAAAGAUUGAAGGAAAAAAAAAAGAGAAAAGAAGAAUGGGUGCGUCAGCAGCACCCGAUUUGGUUAGACUGAGUCGGGUGCUGUGUCGGGCCGCACCUGCACCUACACCUGCACCCACACCGCAUCGGUGUGGGUGCACCACCAUAGUUGGCACACCCGUGUGACUUAGGCGCACAUAGUAUCAGUACAUUUAUUUUCAUAUAUCAGGUGUCUGUAUAUUUUUUAAUUUUAUAUUGUUCUUUCAUUUGGGUAUUUUGUUUUCCGUCCUGUAUUUUAUUUUCUGUUCUUUUUUUGUGGUCAAGAGUGGGCUUUGACCAGCUGGAGUGGCAAGUAACUAGCCCAACAGUUGGUUUUCUAGCCAUUCCUGUUGGUCCAUCGGCUGGCCCAGCCUUGGCGUUCUUUUUUUGUGGUCAAGAGUGGGCAUUGAGCAGCUGGACUGGCAACUAACUAGCCCAACAGUUGGUUUUCUAGCCAUUCUUGUUGGUCCAUCGGCUGGCCCAGCCUUGGCUUGUUGUAUGUAAGGAGGAUUACUCCCACUUUGAGUUGAAUGCUUUUUCAUGAUAAAUCCUUCACAUGUUUAAAGUCUUUGUACACUUGUUUGUCUGUGCCCUUUGUUUUGUAUGGCUUCUUCAUUCAUUAAAGUUCAUUAUCAAGCCUUGUUCUAUGACUUGAUCAAGUAUCUGUUGAGGAGAUAUUUACAUGGUGAUUACUAAUACAAGUAGACCGGGAUGCAUAAAGGCAGUGAUUUUUUCAGAAGUGUGGAAAAAGCUUGCACCUUCAUGUCCUCUGUAUGAUUGAACAAGUAAUGACCAUAGUAAUAGCAUAUAAAACAGCACAACAAACAAGUAUAUGCUUAUUCCUUUCCCUUUCUGAAAAAGUGUGUGGGCAUCUUUCUUUCUAAUGAAUUAAUCCCAUUUUUCUUCUUCUCAUGUCCAGUCAACCAAAUUCUCUCUUUCCUUCCCCUUGUUAGCUAUAAAAAGUAAUUGUAUUCUUCAAGCUCUCGGUUGCAACCAAAUCCAGCCGAAUUCUGGAGAUCUUCAACUUUUGAACUUGAAUUUGUGCCUUUCAUCACUUUUUAGACAUCUAUAAAGAACCUAAUAGAGAACAAUGCUAUUCCAAAUUUCCAACCAUCAAAACCAUACCUUGCAUUAGUUCAUUAUUAGUCAUUAGAUGGUGGGGCAGAGGAAUCAUCGUAGUGAUCAGUUUGACAUCUCCAGAUGUGUCGAACUCAAGAAUUCUGAUGCUAAGAAGUUAAGCUGCUUUUCUGAGAUGCCCCAUGAUCUGCUUCCUAUGAAAAGUAAGCACACGAGUUCAUGUAGUUGAGAAGAUUCUAGCCAACAAAUUGAUGCAUUCUCUGUGUCUAAAAAUUCCUGCUUUAGUAUUGGAUUCCUGCUUUAUGCCCUGGGACCAAGCAAAACUUUGCUACUUUUCUUCUAGAUCAAUUAGUGUACCUAUUAUGGGUAUAAGUUGUCAUGAUGUUAUGGUGAUCAUAUUUCAAAAAAUAUAUAGAAAGGUAGGAGCACAAAGACUUCAUCUGAUAAUCAUUCAAGGAUGUUAAGAGGUGCUCUGUAGAUACUAGAAGGCGUGCUCACUUUUUGCAACACUCUGAAGAUCGUAUUCGGUCUGGGCAUUUUGUUUCUUCAGCAUGAGAUUCUAUUCUCUGGGUUUUCCUUAAAAUGAAAGUCACGGCCACAAUUCAGCACCAAGAAACACAGGAGGGUUCAGAAACAAUAUGAAGGUUUACCAGAGGAGAUUGGAAGACUGAGCUUUCAGAAGCAACAGUUCUGAAUUUGAAGGAAGAAAUCCACAUACUCAAGAUAGAAAUUGAUCUACUUAAGGUAAACCGGUAGCACCUCAUAAGUUGUACCGGCCAAAGAAACAAAGAACACAGGAAAUGUACCAACAAAGCAAGAAUAGCCUCACUUCCUUCAGAAUGUCUGUUCCCCAAGAAGCGCCACUGUUUGUUCAAGGUACCAAAUUUCAAGGUGACUCGGGACUCGUCCUUUCAACUGAUGCAAAACCAAGAUUGAAAUGGUCACCAGAACUACAUGAGCGUUUUGUUGAGGCAGUAACUCAACUUGGAGGAGCAGACAAGGCUACUCCAAAAGCCAUAAUGAGAGUUAUGGGCAUCCCAGGCCUUACCUUGUAUCACCUCAAGAGCCAUCUGCAAAAAUACAGGCUCAGUAAGCAUUUACCAGCACCUGCUAACAUUAUCAACAAGAAUGGUGUAUCAACAACUUAUACCAUGCCAUUGGACAAGACACCUGAGGCUCUUGUGCCAUAUACCACCAACUUCUGUCCUGGAGUAUCACAUACAAACAAGAACAUGCACAUUGGUGAGGCACUUCAGAUGCAAAUUGAGGUGCAGCAAAGGCUACAUGAGCAAUUGGAGGUUCAAAGACACCUGCAACUAAGGAUAGAAGCCCAAGGAAAAUACUUGCAAACUGUCCUUCAGAAAGCUCAAGAAACUCUAGCACAACAGAAUCUAGGAUCUGCCGGAUUGGAAGCAGCCAGGGCCCAACUCUCAGAGUUGGUUUUCCAAGUGUCCAAUGAAUGUCUGAACCCUGAAUUCUCUGGGUCAAAAGAAGCAGCAAUUUUUAACAUGGAACACAUUCAAGUAAACCAGUUAACAGAUGGCUCAGUAGAUAGCUGCUUAACGUCAUGUGAAGGAUCACAGAAGGAACAUGAGAUGCAAACAGUUAGUGUGAAUAUAAAAGGCUUAAGUAGAAACAUACCAUCUGAACAAGCAGAAAAUAAAGAGGACUUACGUCUCCAACAGGGUGACAGUUUGGGGGGCAAGUGCCUCAACAAGAAAAGGUCUUUAACAGAUCAGGUGGCUAGAUGCAUGUUAUUCCCAAUACAGAGAAACCCAAGUGAAUUAUCCAUGAAUCUGAGAGUCAAAGGAGCAAAAGAAAGUGGAAGCACCUAUAUCGAGGCAAGGAGUGAAGGGGAAGAUAUAACCUUCAGCAGAAACCCACUCUGUAAAAAACAGGCUCUUCAAGAGGAGAAAGAAGGACAAAGCUGUGGUUUUGCAGCCUUGCAGAAGGCUUCUCAAUUGGAUCUAAAUGCCAGUGUUGAGACAUCUGCUGCAUCAAGCUGCAGAAAGUUUGAUCUGAAUGGUUUCACAUGGAACUAACAGAAUGUGAAGAGAUGUUAUUAUCCAA